CACCUGCUCAGGUGUCGUGCGCGCGGACAGGUACAGCCACAUUCCUUUCUCAAACACGGAAUUAACGCGUCGUUGAAAGGGGAUUUUUUUUGCAGAGCGCUCCCAUUCAUUGAGCGCAUUCUUACCUCUACUUCCUUUUUUCCACUUUUAGUUUAACAGAUUUUUUAUUUUACUUUCUUUUUAGUUGAGAGGCAACCCGAUUUCUUCAAUGCGCGUGAAAAGUCACUGGUCCACGGCAGGUGGAGGGACUGCGCAGCUUGAUUCUCCUUAAAAAUAAACUAACCCCCGCGCGCAAGGAUGUGGACAGCCUUCGUGCUAAUGAACCUCUUGGGUCUUACCUGCACAGUUGGAUCCUUCCCUCCAAGCCCCAUCAAUGUCAGCUUCUCCUCUGUGAAUCUAAGAAAUGUGCUGCACUGGUUACCAGGACAUGACACGCCAAAUGACACCCAUUUUACAGUCCAAUAUGCCAUCUACGGCGAGAGCGUUGACGGGGGGAACCAGUUGAAGUGGAUGGCGGUGCGGCAGUGCACAGCCAUUGUGCGGACCUGGUGUGAUCUGAGCGCACAAACCUCAGAUUUAGACGACGGAUACUAUGCCAGAGUUCGUUCCGUGGUCAGAAAAAAGUCCUCCAAGUGGACGGGUUUACAAAGACGAUUUGAUCCUAAAGAAGAAACCAGGCUUGGGCCUCCGUUAAUUACUGUGGAAGUACAUAACAAUACAGCUACCAUCACUCUGAAGGGGCCAAUGAGAUACCAACUAAACAAUCAAACCACAGCAAUUUCCAUGGCAGAAAUCUACACCCACAUGACCUACAACCUGUCUGUCCACAACACCCACCUUGACCAAAUGCACCAUUAUGUAUUGCAGAAAGGCUUCUUCAAAUAUCGCCUGUUGAGUUACAACACAAAGUACUGCUUCUCUGCACAAUCAAGAUUACUCUUCAUGCCGAUUGAAUGCCAGCGGUCAGCGUGGUACUGCAUCACCACAGCUCAAGAUCCUUUGAUUGAGCAGCUGCAGAGGGUGGUUGUGGGAAUUAUUUUUCCAUUUUUGUUCAUUUGUGUAAUCGUGGUGGCUGGCUUCAUCCUCCAUCGGUACAUGUCUGGAAAAGAAGAGAAGUCCCCAUCUGUGCUGAAAAAGCCUUUCGACAAGUUCCCUCUCCAGAACAAGCCUUUUGACAAGUUCCCUCUUGAUCAAACUAUCCAUGACUGCCCUGUCACUGAAGACAAUCGUACUGCAAAAGAGCCCCUUCUACAUCCCAUAGACCAGUGCCCCAACAACACUCCCCCACCCAGUUACUCCCCACCCAGUUACUCCCCACAGAGGCCUGCAGAGCCCGAAGAACUUCAGAAUGACUUCUCUGUUGAGUACGGAGAUCUGUUUGUCACUGUGGACAGUGAAGGAAGAGAGCAUCAGACAAGACAGGCAAAACUGACAGAAGAUGGUGACGUUCAGGGUGGUCUGUCUUACCAUCCUCAGAAUUUAUCCCACAUGUGCCCAUCAGCGAAUUUGCAGACACACUUUAAUAAGUGUACAGAUGUCUUUGUGAUUUCUGGGUAUGCUUCUCAGAACCCUAAUGAGAUGGAGGGGGUACCUUUUCUCCCUGGAUUGGAGGUGCAAUUCAGGGAGGAAGGGAACUUGGAACCGGAAAAUCCCCUGGAGCCGUAUGUGACUAAAAGUGUGAUAAAUAUGGACGACGUGUUCUUCGCGCAGAAUUCGGAGACGGAUUGGACUGAGAAAGAGAUGGACGAGGAUGUAACUAAUGAUUUAGUGGCCAAAUGGAAUUUGACCAUCUCCAUGGAUUAGGACAUGACACUACCAGAAAAAAUAAAAUCUAAAAUCUUAUUAGAAAUAAAGCAGAUCUGUUCAUUUAGACUGCAAAAAAAUGGAUUCAUGUUGAUGUUAAAAGACUGUAUAAACUUUAUUGGUAAGCCUGAGAUUGCUGCUGCUUUUGCGGUUCAUAACUUUAUAAAAGAAAAACCCUCAAAAGCUAAACGUGUGCAGAAAUCUUGGAGUGAUGAAAUCUCAAACUUUUAUCUUGAUAAUUAGUCAAUGUGCCAUUAUUCCAUGUUUUUUUCCAAUGAAAAUAGUACUAUCACUGCUUUGCAUCUCAGCAGGGGUUAGUUUACUUUACCAAUCCUAUUUAAGAAAACUUUACAUUUGGUUUCUUCAUAUUUUUGAUGUGACUGUUAGACUUAGGCGUGGUUUGUUUGCAUGGCAAUGGAAGUUGAAGUUAACUUAGUUUAUUGUUUGCCCCUGAUUUGACACUAGUUAAAGCGUGCAUGGUUUUCUUCCAACCGAGUUUCUUUUCUGUUUAAAUUUUGUACACACAUUUACAAGAUUGCCCUUGUUUUCUAUAAGAAAACAUUCUAUAAAAACAUUAGACACUUUAGUAUUUAACCUAAGGCUUUUUUUAUUACUAAAAUUUGGAAACCUAUGUUGUUAUAUUCUCCUAAGAGUUGCAGUGUUUUCUUUUGUUUCCUUGCCAAAACCUACCAAACUUGUUUGUGCUGUUAGAGUUGAGAUCUUAAUCUGACUGUCAUUGUGCUCAACCUGUUUUACUUUGAGUCGGUUUAAGGCGACAUUGCUGAGAUUAUUAUGUGUGGUGGAGACGGGUGUGUGUUAUGCUGUCUCAUUUAGUGCUUGUUGGACUUCAUUCUUUUAUCUCAGUAUCAGACAGAUUAAUUGAGAACAGUCUUGAAAUGUAUGCAAUAAGGAACAGGAUUACUCAAAGUAGUUUUUUUAACAACAGGCUGUAAGCUGUUUUCUGAACCACUGGUGACCAUGAAGGAAAGUGUAGUAUUGUUGUUAGUUUUUGUUCCCUUCUGUUUUGUGUACUGCUCUCAAAAAGCCUUUAGAGAACAGUGGAGCAAAGAAUGUGAUUCCUCCAGGUUCCCUCUUGAAGAUUUGUGAAGUUCUUUUUCUCCUUUGUAAAAUAUUAUGCUAAUUAUGUUUCAUUUAUAGUUUUCAAAUGCCAAAUCAUCAUUUUUGGAAACUUGAAUUUCAUAAAGGAAUGUUUUAUACCUUCUUUGUUGGGUUGUUUUAAGUGUAAAGUUCACAUUCGGUAUUUAAUUAGAAUCUUCAGUUUAAAAAUAAGGAGAUACUGAAAGUAAAUGUGGAUCAGACUACCCUUUGCACUCUGUUAUGUUAAUAUUUAACAUGUGAAAAGAGGUUGAGGGAAAGCAAACUGACUGGAAGGCAGAGACAUCUGCUGGACAAAUUGUGAACACUCAGUUCCUGAGCCAACCCUCUGUCAUUCAUUCAGAAGAUCACAUAUUGAAGUCCUUUGACCAUGUUGUUUCAAUUGCUAUAGGCCUAACAAACUUUGGCCAUUUAGGUGGGACAUUAUAAAGUGAGACUUAACUGUUUGGUCCACCCAAUGGCCAAUAAUGAAAGUAAAAUUAAUUAAUGCACACACAUUUGAGCUCAAUUAAAGCAGUCUGCCCAUUUUGGGCUGCGGCAGUUGUCAGAGACUUGUGCAAUAAAGAGAAGAGAGUGUUCAGGA